AUGGCAGGAAUUAAAGUCAGCUCAUAUUUUAUCAAUAUAUCACCUGAAAAAUGGAAAAUUUCCGAGUUUUACAAGUAUCGCCAGCAAGGAAAUGACUUUACCAGCUCGUUUUGGAAGGAAGCUUUUAUACUUAGGAGAUCUCUCAAUUAUCUUAUGAAAGGAGACUCAUCAGAAGUCAAGAAUUAUGCUACUCUAUUGGAUAAAAAUUUCAAGGCACGUAAUGGUCAUCGUACAAGUGAUAUGGAUUCAAAGUUAUUCUGGGACAAGAUCGAGUUACAAUUAGAUUUUCAUGCUGAAAUUGAAAUGAGAGAGAGGGAGAUGCAGUUAGCCGAGAAUGAAUGUUUCAUUCAGACUGAUGAAUGGGUCCCAACGAAAUGGAAAAAAAUGGAUUAUUUUUCAGUCACUCCUCUCCAACGUGAACAGGACCAACCACCACAUCCUCCUCCAGAUCAAAUCUAUUCGUUAGUUUUGAAGGGUAAAAAAGAUGAAAUGGAAGAGCAGAAUGCAGAUUUAGAAAAAGAUCGUAUUUAUACAAAUUUGGAAACUUUAAAAUUGAAUGUACAAAAGUUAGACUCAAUGACGACAACACCAUCAAAAGUCAAUAAUAAUAAUACCGCAAUAACUACUCCAAUUGACAUAAAUACAGAGAAUGCGCUACAACAAACACUAGCCUCAACAUCUGAUUCAAUUCUAUCAAAAAAGUCUCAACAUAGCAGAGUAGCGUCCAAUGAUGAUCCACUAACAGACUUACCCAGUCCUGCCACUUCUUUAAUGGAUUUUCCAACUUCCCAUCAUUUAUCGAUACAUAAAAUAAGUCCUUCAAGUUUAAAAUCAACCGAAUUAAUUGGUCAUUACGCUAUACAAAAAACAAUUGGCGAAGGUAGCUUUUCUAAAGUUAAAUUGGCAAUUGAUUUAAGUAAUUGUCAAAAGGUUGCUAUAAAGAUCAUUGGGAUUAAAGGUAUUCAAGAUAGUGAAAGAGUAAAAUCUAGUGUUUUAAGAGAAGUUGAAAUGUUAAAGUUCAUUAAUCAUCCGAACAUUGUAAGAUUAUUUGAUGUAGUAGAUAUUUCAACUCACUUUUGUUUAAUAUUAGAAUAUAUUCCUGGUGGAGAAUUAUUUGAUUAUGUCAAUGAUUAUUAUGAAGAGACAACUGAACAAGAUUCAAAACAAAUUUUCUUACAAUUAGUUGACAUUGUGAAAUAUCUACAUGAUAAUAACAUUGAUGUAGAUUCCAACAAAAAAGAUCUAUUAAAAUCCAAUCCAAUUAUAAAGUUAACUGAUUUCGGAUUAGCUAAAUUUGUUGAUCCAACAAAUCCUUUAUUAUCAACAAGAUGUGGAUCUGAAGAAUAUGCUGCGCCUGAACUUAUAUCUGGUAAAUCACCAUAUGAUGGUAAGAAAACAGAUAUAUGGUCAUUGGGCAUUAUAUUAUAUAGUUUAUUGGUUGGUUAUUUGCCAUUUAAUUUUGAUGGGCCAAGAAAACAAUUUUUACAUAAAAUUAUCAAAGCAGAAUUUGAUUUUCCUAAAACUUCCAUGGAAGGUGAACGUGGUAGAAGAGGUACAAUUAGUAAUGAGGCAAAAGAUUUAAUUAAAAAAAUAUUAAUGUCUGAUCCUGAUAAACGUUUUACUUUGGAAGAAAUUAGUAAUCAUGAAUGGUUAAAAUAA